CCAAAGUGGCAAAGAACACACAGCUGUCAUCGAUCGACGACGCACAGCUAAUCGCUGCAAAAAAAACAAACGGUCAAAUCCCUAGUCAUUCGACUUCUUCGAGACCUCGCCAAAUCGCCAGUCGGUGGGCCGUUCUCUCGUCGGCUUCGUCGCCCGUCGGACGGUCAGUACACAGCCGCAAGUUUUUGUUCCAGAGCUCGACUGACGACUACUCAGGCCUCCAGCCUCCAGACUCCGGUGCUCACCAGUCGCUAGCCAUUUUCGCUCUUCGUCGCCUGGCCGCCUCGCCUGACGCCGCCCGCAGGUCUGAGGUGGCGGCGCUUCAAAAGAUCGGUGAGAAAACCGAGUGACCUGUGGGUUGUGACAGUCGCUUCUAUUCUUCAAAAUGGAGGAAAAUUCUGAUUCCAAUUGAUUGAUGCCUUGAUUGCUUCAAUUCUGGCUUGUUUAUUGGUUUUGCAGCUUUGCUUUGGAAAAAAGUGCAAAACGCGGGCCAACUCAGCCACACCAUUUCCAAUUUCUUAAUAGCUUCAAUUCCAAUUCCAGUUGCUUUCACGCAGCUGACAAAGGUUUAGCUUCUAGAGUUCCAGGAAAUUAUUUCCUCAGUCGAUUUAGGACUUAUUGGUUCAGCUUCAUUUUAACACUCCUUGCCGUUCAGACAUUGGAAAGCCUUCUUUAACACUGUCAUCUCCUUCGAAAUAUUUCAUCGCACACAACAACAAAGAAGAACCUGCGGAAAUUGUCAACCUGAGCUGCUGAGCAUUUUGCGAGCUUUCACCAUACCAACGAAGAAGAACCUCAAAGCCUAACUUUUUCAUCUUGACAGCUUAAUGCAGACAGACGUCUUAAUCCAUUCAGGACUUGAUGAAAAAAAAAGCAAACAGCCCCUGAUCUGAUUAAUUAAAAGUUGAAGCCAUGGUGGCCGUAAACCUCUGUUCUUUGCUUCUAUUCUCUGCAUUUCUUCGCUUGUUCUUGAUCCUCUACGGUGAAUGGCAAGACACACACAUGGAGGUUCGAUACACUGAUAUUGACUACUUUGUAUUUUCUGAUGCCGCUGCUCUGAUGGCCAAAGGUGAUUCCCCCUACAAGAGAUCCACCUACCGCUACUCACCGUUUAUCGCUUUUCUCCUCAUCCCCAAUUCCUUCAUCCAUCCUUCUUGGGGCAAGUUCCUCUUUUCUGCAUCAGAUCUGCUCGUGGGGUUUCUAAUACAUAAAAUCUUGAAACUAAGAGCAGUGCCGGAGAGACUGGUGUCCUAUUCAGUAAUGGUCUGGCUAUUCAAUCCUUUUACCUUUACAAUUGGAACUCGAGGAAACUGUGAACCAAUUGUUUGUGCCAUUCUUCUUUGGAUCAUUAUCUGUCUCAUGAAAGGCAAGUCUUAUGUUAACUUUUAGUUGAACUCCAAAAAAUAGGUUUGAUACCCAAGUUCGUGGGCCAACGCCUGCACUUGCUCCUAGAAUGCCGGGGGGGAGCUUAAAUUGUGGAACCUAUGUUAUCUAAUCGCCGAGUACUUGCCAAGUACUUGCUACUAGGGGCUCACUUGUGCAAGCAGCACUUUGGUUUGGAUUUGUUGUCCACAUUGGAGUUCUAUAAAGCCGAGUUCAUAUUUCAGAAGACGUUCUCUUCGUGCUUUCUUGAUAAGCAUGUUAUCUUGGAGGAGGGUGAUGUUUGGAUUAAUUUCUGGUGCUAUGUUCUUUAUCUCGACUGGAUUUUUCUUCUAUCUAUACAGAUGGGAAUUCUUGCACGAAGCUCUGCUAUAUCAUCUCACUCGUACUGACCCAAGACACAAUUUUUCAAUAUACUUCUACCACAUAUAUCUCAACUAUGAAUAUGAGUUCUCAGUCUUGGAAAAGCUAGUCUCUUUUUUUCCUCAGAUUAUGGUGCAGGUAGCAAUCAUCUUUUGUUUCGCCCAAGACUUUCCUUUUUGCUUCUUCGUGCAGACAGUUGCAUUUGUUGCAUUUAACAAGGUAAUUACUGCUCAAUAUUUUGUAUGGUAUUUUUGCCUAUUACCAAUGAUUCUGCCAUGGAGUAAAAUGAAGCUGAAAGGGGAGGGGCUAGGCUGCAUUCUUCUGUGGAUAGGAGCUCAGAUGCAUUGGUUGUUCUGGGCAUAUUUGCUUGAAUUCAAAGGAAAGAAUGUAUUCAUUCAACUUUGGAUAGCUAGUUUGCUGUUCUUGGCUGCAAAUACCGUUGUCCUCACCACCAUCAUAAGGCAACACUGUUACUCUCCGGUAUUCUCCAAGUCUCCACGUGGGGUUUCAAACAAAACCCUGAAACAUGAAUAGGUGUGGUCCGGCAAACACAGCUUAAUCACAAGGGAUACAUCUUUAUCAGAUAAUAUCAAUAGCGUUUUUGAGAAUACAAAGAACUCAACAACAGAUGUAGAGCAACUCAAUUUUUUAGAGAGGGGUGGGUCGGGAUAAGUUUGAUUAGUUGGGGGCUCUAUGUGAAUGAUCCCUCAUGUCUGAUACCAUGGUGCCAUGAUGCUCUGCUGAUAAAGUUGACCGGAGGAAAGAAUCCUCAUAUCUUUAUAAAGGCGUACAAAAGCUUUGUUAUAGAAGAGCAAUGUACACAUUUUUUGUUCAUGAUUCUGAGUAUGCAUCAACUAUCAAGUCAGUUAAGUUACUUGUAUGACUGUAUCAUAGACACACAAAUGGAAUCCACCAAGAUAAAUAAAAUUCAGAGUUUUAAGAACCAUCUGAUCUUGAACUUUUUUUUUAGAAGACAC